AUGCCUCCUGCUUCAACUUUAACUUCGACAUCAACGUCAACGUCAGCGUCUACUAGAACUACAAACCCAACCACAACCACAAAUGUCCCCGAACAACAACCGGAAUUUAUAACCUACUCAACAACCCCCUCGGGCGCACAUAAGGGGAAAACACACUACAUCAUUGUCGGUGCAGGCAUCAUUGGUGUCUGUAUUGCCUUUUAUCUAACCAGGCACCCGAAAUUCGACCCAAAGAAACACCACAUCACGAUCUUGGAGGGCAAGCGUGUUGCCGGUGGCGCCAGUGGGAAGGCCGGUGGGUUGUUGGCGUUGUGGGCUUUCCCGCAACAGAUUGUGCCUCUAAGUUUCCAGUUGCAUCAAGAUUUGGCAAACGAAUUUGAUGGAGAAUCCGAAUGGGGGUAUCGUAGAUUGACCACCAUUUCAGUUGAGGGAGACAUUUCCGAUUCCAGAUUGGAAAUGAUUGAAAGACAACGAAUGAGUAGGAAUCCCAAUGAUGAUAUGAGAAAAUCGCUCAAAAUGAAUAGACAGCAUAUAAACAACAGUAAUGACAAUAGCAAUAACAAUAAUAACAGUACAACCAGCAUUGGUAAUAACAACAACAACAGCAACGGCAACGGCAAUGACUCCUCGAUUUCUCAAGUAGACGUGAUGAGCAAACCAAUGAGCAGGGCAACGACAAUCAAGAAAAAUUCCAUUGAGAUUGAAUCCAACAAUUCGAAUUCCACCGAUAAGUCAUCGUCCCAUCUACCGAAAAAUCUUGGCUGGAUCAAUGACAAAGUUAUAAAUGACUGGAACCAAUUGGGGAAUGAGUCCACAACUGCCCAAGUCCAUCCUUAUCAAUUCACAACAUUUAUUUUGAACCAAUGCAUUCAAACCGGAUGUGUUGAGUUGGUGAUUGCCAAGAUUGACGAUAUCAUCAUUGAUGAGGAAACCGGACAUUGUAAUGGUGUUAUAUACCAUCCAUCUAGUGCCAAGGCGGAAAAUGAUGGAACGAAUACUGAGCGAUUUGAAUUAUACGGUGACAAGGUGAUUAUGUCAAUUGGUCCAUGGACAUCCAAGAUUUUACCUGACUGUCCAAUUUCAGGAUUGAGGGCCCAUUCCAUCAUAAUCCAACCAGAAAACGUUGAGGAGAUAUCUCCCUAUGCGGUAUUUACAGAAUUGAAGUUAAACCAGAACAAGUUUGUCAGUCCAGAAAUUUAUGCGAGAAAGGACGAAGUUUAUGUUUGUGGAGAAGGCGAUUCUAGUGUCUUAAUUCCUGAAACUACAGAUGACGUUGAAGUGGUUACUGAGAAAUGUGAAGAAUUAUUCAACAAUGUCUCCAAAUUAAGUGAUAAACUGAAGAAUGGCAAAGUUCUCAAAAGACAGGCAUGCUAUCUACCCGUUUUGGACAUUCCCUCUAGUUCGGGUCCCUUAAUUGGUGAAACCAAUGUGGACAAUCUCUAUUUGGCAUCUGGUCAUUCCUGUUGGGGGAUCAACAAUGCGCCUGCUACAGGGUUGUUGAUGUCCGAGCUGCUCUUGGAUGGCGAGGCCACGUCCUGUGAUAUCAGUGCCUUGAACCCAUCGCUCUAUUUCGAUGCCUCCUUGAUUUAUGAUGACGAGGACGACAUUGAUGAAGAUGAGGACGAUAUCGAUGAAGAGGAAAGAGACCGCAGAAAUGGUGGCAAUGCUUCCAAUGGGGGCAAUGGCGAUUCCGGUGGAUCUUACACGUCUGGGCGUGCAAGCGAGGACGAAUACGAAGAUAGCUACGACGAGGAAGACGACGAAUAG